AUAGUCGCGAUACGGAGUGAGAUACCCAGAAGUGCAGCCUGACCAAAGAUAACCUUACUUGCCAAACGAAGCAGGAUUUACAGCUGAAUAAAUACAGUAACUGUAUUCUGCAGCUUUAACUGUCACGGACUCUUCCUGUCUGUGAGAAGUUUGUUGCUGCACUCUCCAUUGCGCAACUGACCUAGUUAACUUGGAAAAGGGGAAAACAAGGCUGUAAAACGGCGAAUACUCAGAGAAAGUAGAUCGCUCAAAACCUGCGCAGGUAACAGAGCUCACCUCAGCGGUGAGCGCGGUGCUGUUUGCCAAUGGCUGGAGCUGUGAAGCCCGACUCGGUGUCCAUGGGGGCCCGUGCAAUGUUUUUCAUGAUAACACCGAAUGAAUCAUCUUUUCAGAAAGUGGAGGAUGUGCCUCAGUAUGUACAACAGGCUACUCCUUUCUUUAUAGGGCUGAUGGUGCUGGAGCUGGUGGUGGGUUUUCUGAAGACAGGAGCCCCAGUGGUCACCCUCAGUGAUGGACUCACCUCUGUAUCUGCUGGAAUGAUCUCCAGACUCCCACUGUUGUUCAUGAGAGGCUGUGAGCUGACUGCUUACAUGUUCGUGUGGGACCGGUACCGCCUGCUGGAGCUGCCCUGGGACUCUGCCUGGACCUGGUGGAUCGCCUUUCUGGGCGUGGACUUCUGCUACUACUGGGUGCACCGUCUCGCUCACGAGGUGUCCAUUAUUUGGGCAGCCCACCAGGUUCACCACAGUUCCGAGUACUACAACCUAACCACCGCCCUCAGACAGUCCCUCACCCAGCAGUUUACGUCAUGGAUUUUCUACCUGCCCAUGGCUCUGAUUGCACCUCCCGCACUGUUUGCCGCUCACAUACAGUUUAACCUUCUCUACCAGUUCUGGAUCCACACUGAGUUGAUCAAAGACCUUGGACCUCUGGAGUGGGUUUUCAACACACCAACACAUCACAAAGUUCAUCACGGGAGGAACACCUACUGCCUUGACAAGAAUUACGGAGGAAUUCUCAUCAUAUGGGACCGAUUAUUUGGUACCUUUGCUGCAGAGAAAGAAAAAGUGGUGUUCGGCUUGGUUUCUCCUAUCAACACCUUUGAAAUCCUCUAUGUUCAGUUACACUACUAUUUGUAUUUGUUGAGAAGAUCUACCGCUUUCAAGACGAUCAGCGACAAAUUAUUGACAUUCAUCAAUGGCCCGAGUUGGAAACCUGGUAAACCUCGGCUUGGUGACUAUAUCGACAAUCCCAAGGUGACCGGACAGGAAGUGCCUCAUGAUCCCAGCUGGUCGUUGCCUUUACAAAUGUAUGUGGUCAUACAUUUCCUGCUGGCGCUGGGGACCUACCAUGAUGUGUUUGAAAACAAGAUGAUGCUGUCACAGUUAACCAUUCUGGGGAUGACUUGCUACGUUCUGCUAACCCUCACUUCCAUGGGCUUCCUUAUCGAUAAGAGGCCAAGAGCGGCUGUUUUGGAGAUGCUACGCUGCGUGGUCAUGGUGACUAUGCUGAGGUACGGCUACAUGAAGCCCCUGCUGCCUGCACUGAUUGUAACAACAGAGGCCUUUGUCUCCCUCUCUCUGCUGUACUGGGCUCUGCAGAGCUUCUCCCAGAUGCUCAGCAUCAAGAAGAAGGCCAACUGAGACAACACAAGAAAACAGAGACCAUAUUUUACCUUUUGAAGUCAUAAUUGUUGACAUAAAUCCAUAUUUACACAUUUUAAUCACCUUAAACAUUUUUGUAAUAACGUAUUUGCAUGUAGUGAACAAAACGCAGUAGUUUCAGCUUUUGCUUGAUACGCUUUACAUAUUUUAUGUAAAACUGUUUAAAGUCUGUUUAUGUCUGAAGCUUUACCAUGUAAAGCAGCCAUAAAACCAGAAAAAAUUCUCAACAGGUGCUUUUUAAUACGUGACACAUUUCUCUCUUCAAAUGUCUUCUGUGCUUUUGUCUACACUGUAAUAACACAGGUGCUGCAGUGCUAAUUAAAGUACUAAUGAAUUAACAUUUUUAUAUAUAACCUUUACUUUGCAACAUAUACCUCCUCUAUAACAAAUGCGGCUCAUACUUAUGCCUUUUAAUGUUGAUUUGCACAACACUGUAAAAUACAUUGUUUUUCAAUGUGUUAUUGCAAUAAAACAUUUGAAAUUU